GUGAAUUACUUGGUUUCAUUACCGAAGUUAUGCCGCCUGCACCGUCCGGAAAGGCUGUUAAGAAGGCCGGGAAGGCCCAGAAGAACGUCCGUGCUACGGACAAAAAAAAGAAGAAGCGUAGAAGGAAGGAGUCCUUUUCUAUCUACAUUUACAAGGUCCUUAAGCAAGUCCACCCCGACACUGGUAUCUCGUCGAAGGCCAUGUCGAUUAUGAACUCAUUCGUAAACGACAUUUUCGAGAGAAUCGCUGCCGAGGCCUCCCGUCUCUCGCACUACAACAAGAGAUCGACCAUCACCUCUCGGGAGGUUCAGACCGCCGUCAGGCUUCUGCUCCCUGGUGAGCUGGCCAAACACGCCGUGUCUGAGGGAACCAAAGCUGUCACCAAGUACACUUCCUCCAAGUAAUUUCUCCACCACACAUAUAUGCCUUCGGGUAUCACCA